GGGUACUCUCAGUCAUUUAAAUUUUUAACCAGACAACCCGAUUAUUUCAAUAAUUUAGCACAUCCCCAUCAACUGUUCGCCUAACCGACACAACGCGUAAAUUUCAAGUACAUUUUACAUCUAAGUUUUCCACGAUUUUUUUUCUCUCUCCAAUUAGAGAUAUUCGCUGGUUCAUCUAAACAGAUUUCCACGAGAACGGAUAACUAAAGCCACAAAUUAUUGGUAAGGAUAUAUAAUGUCAUAGAUAGUUUGUAGUAUACUUCUAUGUGCUGUGUGCAUACUGUCGAAAUUCUUAAAACCUUUUCUAUCUUCAACCGACAAACGCCAUACCCAAAAUGUCAAUUUUUUCUGCUUAACUUUAGCAUUUUACCCAGUAUUUGUACAUCAGAAGUAUAGAAAAAUACAAUUUAUAUUGUUUAAUUUCCACACGCAAAUUGUUUUCAAAUAGCUGGUAAAAAUCUGCAUCACGCUUUGAAGACCCUGCAGCAACGGUUAUAGCCUCGGGUUAAAAACGAGCUAAGCAAAAGGCAAGAGAUUUGUUAGUUGAAUACUUUUUGCAGUGAAUUGCAUACCACCACCACUUAGCUGUACACUCCAUUUAAUUCGGGAGCGAGUUAGAAAUUUUCACAUCAUGCCAGUUAAUAUUUCAUUUCUUCGGCACUACACUUGUUUUAAAUUCAAAUAGAAUUGAUCAAGAAAGAGACCUUAUGCAUGAAUAAGUCAGACGAACAAACUUCACCGCCAAGCCUCAUUUCGAAAAUCUUAAUUUUCAAAGUUUUACAUAAAUGAAUUCCCACAAUAGUUACUUUGAAAAAAAUUCUCGUUCAAAAAGAGCCCAAAUGCAAAGAAUUAUGUUAACGCAUACAUGUAAGAGCCAUUAAACAUCUUCUCUUCCGCGUUGAAGUCCCAGUGGAUUAAUCUCCUACAAGCAAAUUCAAACCCCUCACAAACAAUCACCCCAUAUAAGAUUUUGCUGUUACAGUAUUUUGAAAACAUUGACACUUUAAUAUAAAGCCGAUGUAUUAUCAAUAUAUAUUCAUGUGCUCUACAACAUAAUGAGAAACAUGCUCAUGUUCUGAGCAGUUAGUUUUUAUGUUCAACUCAGUUUGGUAGCGCUUCCCACUGAUUGAAUUUACAUAAAUUUCGUCUAACAGCUCCUUUAAGGGCUGAAACUCCCCCAAACAGCUUAGCAAGAAAAACCCAAACAGAACACUCCUACGCUCCAAGUUUCGAAAAACAACGAAAAAAAAUUCUUACCAACAAUUUACAUAAAUUUGAACAAACCAAGAAAACAUCGAACUACCUAUUGAGCCUACGCUCCAAGUUUCGACAAUUACAAAUGUACAUUGUUUGUUACAGAAAAAAAUAUUCUUCCAGACCAACAAUUUGUUGAAAGUUUAGCAGAGCUUUCGGAAUCCAUCCGGAUCCCUCCAUCAGUGAUGGCGUAUGCUGUUAUUCGCAGCCUCGUUUUGAUGAACAUUGUUUGUUGUUUGUUUGCUUUGUUUUUUCGCACCCUCGGGUCUAAUGUGCUCUGUUUCGUCAUUGACGUGGACAUUAUAUAUUUGAACAGUUUUAAUCCAAAACGCAAGUGCGUAAAGCAGUUUAUGCAAACUUCUACCGUAAAAUGACAUAACCGUGAAUUUCCUGUCCGACUAUUUGAAUGUCUUCUGUAUUUGUACAGCCUAAGCCUCAUUCACACGGCACCGAACGAAUUUUCCACCGGAUGAAAAUCUUGACCGUACAGUUCGUUCACGCGGAAGAGUUUAGUAUUAAAUUCCGCUCUGUUCACACGGAACUUAUGAACCAGGUUGAAUUUAAACCAUCUGCCCAUCCGCAGACCGCUACUUUAACAAUCCAAAAUGGCGUCUCUCAGCUGAGUUACCACACAUCCAUGCAACAGCACCUUUGCCGUACAAAAGUUUAGACGGUAAUGGUGUUCACACUGCGCCAAUCGAAUUUUCGAAGGUACCGGCCAACAUUUUACCUCGAUUAUAGUGUUCAAAUUUUUGCACAGUUAACGCGGUUUCUUGUAAACGGAACAUCUAAACCCACGAAUUUUCGACCGGCGAAAAUUUGUCGAGUACCCUGUGAAUGUACCUUUAGAUGCCGUAACAGAUGUCCACACGAGAAUUGAACGAUAACGAUAUUUUUCCCUUUACGACCGUUCAAGUGUGGAUGGAAAAAUCUGAAAGUGUUGGCACUCCUAAUACAAGGUGUCAGUUACAGUACGUCUUGUUUUUCUUCUUUUUGUGCCCAAAAACAGAAAUAAAGCGAAUUAGGUUUUGAAAGAUUAAAUUUGAACCGAUUUCGCAAAGUUCAAUCAAACAUUCACUAUCACAUUAGGCAAAAGAGGCCUUUAAAUGGCUGUUGAAACUUGUUUACCUGGCUUUUAAUGAAUAAAAUUUUUAAUUUAUCUAGGAAGACAAAAUAUACUGUGGUAGAUAGCCAAAAUUGUAUUUCAUUACGUACUUCCAUGAAGAAAAAAAAAUACGCAUAUUAAUGACACACGCACGGCGUAAUCGAUAUCCUAAGAUUUUGGAGAAGCAUAAAAUUGUUCAUGGGUUGCUUGUUAGCUCACUUCUAUAGAUUGACUCUUGAAGUUAACAUAUCUCCAUUAGAACUGUUUUUAUUUAUAUGUGAUCAGUUUGCAUGAGUUCGGGUGAGCUCGCAGCAGGCAGACAUAAACAAGAUAUAAAUUCCGCGUCAUGAACUUAUCACAUUUCAAAAACACCGUAACACUGAGCUAUUAGCAUAAACAGGCUUUUAUCGAAUACGUCGUUAUCAAGUUGUUUUUAUUGCCCUCGACUGAGAAUAAGAAGAGCUUAGCAAACGGAGUGAUCCGUCGCCACUUCAGACUAAAAGGAGAAAGGAUGUCGAAAGUGCUUGCAAUUGUUCUGUUGACACUGUGAGUUCCAAAAAUUAAUUGGUAAGAAUAUAAACUAAAUCCAUUCCCAUGCACUUAAAUUCCAAAUAUCUUUCAUUUAAACUGAAACAUUUUUCCAGUACAAUAUCCAAAUAGUGACGAAGAACAAUUUACACUUGAUAAAGCUUUGUUUUUUAUGGCGCGCUGAAAAACGAAGCAAAAAUGCUGCAUGCUUAUCCCACGUUGGCGACCUAUGCGUGCAUAUUUUAUGACAACAGAGUUCGCUACCGCAAAUUUAUUUUGGUUAUAUCUCUUAAAGAUAGAUCAACGUAAAACCAAAGAUAAUUAGAUUCGUCAGUGUUUCAUUUGAACCCAUGUAUAGCCCACAUGCAGUAGACAAUUUCGUAUUUAUUUCGCAAAUUUGGUGGUAAGAAUCCGUCAUCUAAAUAGUUCAUUUACAUCUUCAAGAAAACUUCACUGAAUAUUAUUAAUUAAAUGGAAAGGAUGUUCUUGUUCAAUUUAAUAUAAUAGGUGCAGUGGCAAGGUUUGAGACUUUGUGAAACCAGAGGUACAAGUUUGUGAUGGACUUUAAAUGUUCGCUUUUCUGUUAAUCCUUUCUCUCAAUCGUGCCCGGAUCUAAAACCAUUAUUCAUUCUGGCGAGGGCCCAGGAAUCGAAAUGUCAGCUUUUGAAUUUUAUUACGAAGGCAAAUUUACGGCAAAAAAACCUAAUUCUUAAGUCAUCAGUUCAAGUCUCUCUAUAUGAAUUAUUAACGACUUUUCGAAAACAAAUUAAACUUCAUUUACCUUCAGCCAAAUAUUCAGGCUUUUAACCAACCGCAUAUUACAGGUAACUUGUAUAAAAAAGACCUUCUAGUCGCGUCAUAUAUCAGAUACAUCGACGGGACAACGUAAAAGACUUCUGUACACCAUUACCGGCGUAAACUGAACAGAGUUGAUUUUGUUUGUUUGUUAUUUGUUUGUUUCUUGUUUUAUUUUGUUUUGUCAUACAAUUCACGUGUUAAUCUGCUAGAGAGCUCAUUUGGGAUUAGAAUUUCUCAGUGACCCCGCAGACUGCAAUUUAGAAGUGACCACUCGAAUUUGUUGCCGGUUUUCACGUGUGACGUUAUCAAAAAUUAAACAAGAAAAUUCUUAAUUCUACUGCCUUUUAACUUUCAUGACUUAUUAGAGCAGCUAAAUACGUACAUUUUUACAAAUUUUCAGUUCGAAUGCAUUCUUUGCUUUGCGAUAAGGUAGGCUUGAAUUUCUAAGCCUUUGCGUGACGACGUAUUCAAAUGACGGCCAAGAAAGCUGUCAUGAAGCUUUAAAAACGUACUUGUAUUUUGCGAUUUUGCUAUCUGAACGUCCUUGCAUUAGAAUAAGUAUUACUUUAACGUGUAUAAAGUGUUCGAGAGAUUGAUUCACCCUUUCGUACAGAAACUCAAUAACAGAUGUUUUGUUGGUUUCCGGCCGCCAUAUUGAUGUCCAUCACAGAGACCCCAACAUGGUGUCUCCGUAUAAUAGGAGGCAUUAUGACGUCAUCUAGACAAGGACCCGCAGGCGGCAACAAAUAAACGUACUUGGUUUUCAACCAAUCAGAAAAUAAGACAUUCCGGAAGUUUAAUGCUACGUCUGCAACUGAAGUGGCUAAAGAACUCGCUAAUAUUCACCAUUUUCACUCAGACCAUUAUGCAAUCUGUUUACCACCCAAAUUUUGCAAAAUCAUUUUUUCCAAUUUGUCCUGGGUAUUACAGUCGCCCCAUGCCAGGAAAAACCGAAGACACUGGUUAUACAAAAUUUUGGGGGGUGAACAUGGUGCAUUGUAGCCUAUGUGAAAAUGGUGAACUGUUAGUGAUCCUUGAUGAUAUAUAUCUUCUUCAUAACUCUACUGGAGCAUUUUGUGUAUGGGUAAAGGCACUAAUACAACACUUAAGCACAGAAUUGACCUACAACAUCCAGCAAUAUCCUCGUGACAUAACCCUGCUGCCUGAUGAUAUUUCUUUGAUAUCUUCUUCAUAACUCUACUGGGGCAUUUUGUGUAUAGGUAAAGGCACUAAUACAACACUUAAGUACAGAAUUGACCUACAAUAUCCAGCAAUAUCCUCGUGACAUAACCCUGCUCCCUGAUGGUAUUUCUUUGAUAUCUUCUUCAUAACUCUACAAGAGCAUUUUGUGUAUGGGUAAAGGCAUUAAUACAACACUUAAGUAAAGAAUUGACCUACAAUAUCCAGCAAUAUCCCCAUGACAUAACCCUGCUCCCUGAUGAUAUUUCUUUGAUAUCUUCUUCAUAACUCUACAAGAGCAUUUUGUGUAUGGGUAAAGGCAUUAAUACAACUAGCCUGCGAACGGCAGACGUUUCUCCUCGCUCAUCGCGGCUGAGGGACUUUUCGCGAGGAGGAACGUCUGCGACUCAGCGACAAAAAUUCCAUACUGGUGACGCAAAAUCUGUCCUAAUUCUGCGCUAAUUGGUCGACGGAAUAGUGUCAUUGUUCUAGCUAUUGUUUAGGAAUGACAGACAAAAGACAAAAGGCGGAAAAGGACAAAUGUAAACUCCAUGAAUCUCUAACAAAACAGUCAAAAUUUGUGGAAUAUAGUCUUCUCUAGAAAAAGCAUUUGAGUUUUGCUGGAGCUCAUUCGCAGAUGAACACCACACGUUUCUAAAAUCGACCAGGAGAAACGUAAAAUUAAACAAAUUUCCAUUUGGAGCCCCAUAACUACCGGAUUUAUUAAGUAAACAUUGAUUUACGUCAUCAGUAUGGAAUUUCUGUCGCUGAGUCGCAGACGUUUCUCCUCGCGAAACGUACCUCAGCGGCGAUGAGCGAGGAGAAACGUCUGCCUUUCGCACGCUAUAAUACAACACUUAAGCACAGAAUUUACCUACAAUAUCCAGCAUUAUCCCCGUGAGAUAACCCCCUUUACCGCCAAGUAAAAUAUUAUCGUAGUGUUAGAAGAACAAUCUUUAGGUGUGCGGGAGUGUGCGCGUUCUCUUUUUUAACAGAAAUAGGUUAUUGUUAUCAAUUGCGUUGGUUAAAAUUUUUUAAUGUUUUCUCGGGCCGCUUCCAGUUCAAAGAAGGUUGCUGCUGAUUCGAUUGGACAAGAAAAUUGAUAAAAAACCUUUAGCUUGCCAAUCAUUUUCAGGCGACUAAUUAAUUUUUCUAUAUUUAUUCAUAAUAAAUGGACACGCUUGCUCGUUCACGGCCUUCUUGAUGUUGACUCACAUUUAAGUGAACUUCCUACUCCAAGAACGGUCAAAUUCGAACGCUAAUUCAAAUUCGAAAAUGCUAUGACUCUGAUGAGUAAAUGUGUUAAUCUUGUCUUUAUUCUUGUAAUAAAGGAGAAGCCUCCAACAGGCAGUUUUAAUGAAUGCGAGUGAAACCAUUUGUACAACCUUACCACCGUAACCAAUCAAAAAGAGAGUAUUUCGCGCUGGUAAAUAUCACCAUCUGGUUGGCUUGACUCUGUAUAAAUAUCGGAUCGGUUUAAUGCAAUUUUUGCAUUUGACGUUAUGGAACAAAUACGAUGAAUCACCCUUUCUAAAUUUUAUUUUCUGCCGCGCAAUGAUCAGUUUAAAAUAUUACGAUGCUUAUAAGCUAAAAGAAUGUUUAAAUUUCCUUGUCUAACUUGUGUGAUCUAGGUAAGAAGUCUUACGCGCCUUGAUGAAAACCAGACAACGACUCGAGAUAAUCCCGCGCGUGGUUGAUACGACCCAGCGAAGAAUUAUUCUGAACGUUGGAGGCCGAAAACAUGAGACGUAUCUAAGUACGGUGCGAAAUUACCCUGAUACGAGGCUCUAUUGGGUCGUCGAGAACGUCACAAAAGCCAUCGACUACGACUCUGAAAAAAUCGAGCUAUUUUUCGAUCGUCAUCCUGGAAUAUUCGAGCAGGUUUUAAAUUACUAUCGGACUGGCAAGCUGCACUGCCCGCACGAUGUUUGCGGACCUCUGUUUGAAGAAGAGCUUGCGUACUGGGGAAUUGACGAGAAAGAGAUGGAACAUUGUUGUUGGACCUCGUACACCCAGCAUCGUGACGCCGAACAGAAUUUAAAGAGUUUUAAUGUUCACGAAAGCGACCAAGAUCAGGACACAGACUUGGAGAACGAUAGGUUAGAUCCCACACCGGCAAGAGACUGCGGAAGGUUCACCUGGUGGACACAAUAUCAACCUAAAAUAUGGCCUAUCCUUGAGGAGCCCCACUCUUCCAAAGCAGCCAAGGUGAGACCAGAAAUUUUGCGCUUACUCGUUUUUCACAGCUCACAUAAUUUCUGCUAUUGUUUCGAAAGACCUUUUUGGGAUAUUGUUUAUUUAGGAGUAAGCUAUAUUGAAACUAAUUUUCUACACUCGGAUCCGUUAUAAGGAAUCGAAGCAGAGUAACAACUGCACUUGACGUAAGCAAGUCCGCGAAAUCGUUUCUCGAGUUUUGUAAAGGUUCGUGAAGGUCGUGAUACAAGAUCGCGUUUUGAGUGUGGUCGCUAAAAACUGGUAACAAUUUAUACUGCAACAGCUGUUUCACAGUAUAAUAAUUAAAGAAAUUGUCUCUAUUGUCUGCUGAAAAUAAAACUGCAAAACCCCUUAAUAUUGUUUCUGGUUAUGUUAAAUGCAGGAGAAUUUGGAUAAAAUUGCUAAAACGUAACUCAUCGAUUUUGUCCACUGGAACAACACCACCAAUAAACAAACUCGCUAAAACUACACACUUCAGAUGUAAAUUAGCUGCACUGCUAAUAGAAGAUUUUUUUAAAGGAAGCAAAUAAUUGCUUUUCCGAGCACUAGAGAGCUUGCCGUGUUCCACCUGUUUUGACGCGCUUUUUUCGCAGAAGGAAUAUUCGUGAUUCGGCCACAGGGGAAACAAGCUUGUUCUACGGGCAAAAACCGCAUGUCGCUAAUCAAUGCAGUGCAUCAAAAGAACAAGACAUAAUCGUUUAUUCAAACAAGUUCUGGUCCGUUCCUGCUGUGUUUUUGACCAGAUAUCCUUGAUCACAGCCCAGUAUGAAUAGAAAAUUGCUUUUUGAACAUGGAAACACAUGUAUCUUUUGUAACGUUCUUUUUAUCACGCGCGGUUGUUAAAGGACGAUAAAUAAAAAAGGUGUGUGACUCUCUAUAAUGUUCGCAUGUCUGACAUUUUUCAUAGACGUAAUCUGCAAAACUACGAAACUUUGACAACUUUGACGGCGCAUGACAUAGAAGGCUCUGAGGCCUGGUUCAGACGCCGUACUUUUCAUGUGCCGAACCUAACUGAAUAAGUUCGACUUUGGAGCGACACUGGCGCGACAUCUGAUUCGGACGGCGUACCGUGUGUCGAACCUAAGUUAAGUUCGACAAAAGUUCGACAGACUCUGUCGAACUUAACGCUUUUGCCACAACAAACUAAGACUGCCGUACCAAAUUGAUUCAGACGCCGCUCUUUUGCCGUACUUAAUUCAUCAGUUAGGUUCGGCACAUGAGUGGAGCCGCGUCUGAACCGGGCCUAAUUUAACUGGAGAAAAGAUUCGAAAACAAGGUCAUUAAAAUCAUACUCAGGCUCGGGAAUUUAAAAGUUUCGGUGCCAAAGAUAAUUCCUAUGAAAGCAAAAAGCCGAUUUCAACAGUCGUCAAAAAAUUAAACAAAAGCCUUUUGGCGUCAAAUUUGGAAUCACAGAUAAACUAAAACAAACCGAUGUCACUAAAUUAAAACACGAAGUUUCGGCUUACGCCUUGUUGCAGUAACCCGAAGAAAUUUUAAGCCGAUUAACUAUGAUAUAAAGCCAUUAGGACAAGACGACGAUUCACCUUGGCCCAUUAGGAAUAACAAUCUUUACGUUCUAAGGCUAAUGUUGGUUCCUUAUUCAACACAUGCACAGGCAAGUAAUUAAUACAAAAACGUCACUUUUUACAUUAAGGUCUGACUGCUGAAUUAAAUGAACAUUGGCGCAUAUCAUCUAUGUUAGAUCGUCUGUGAAACUCUUGUUUUUCUUCGAGAAAAAAGCAAAACAACGCCAUUUGAAUGAUCAAUAUACCUAUAGACGAAAAAAUUAAUACAUUUAUCGAGGUUUCGGGAUGUACCUGUUUAGCACCGAUAAGCUACGGACGACGUUUGGUUUUAUUGGUAUGUAAAUCAACUGAAAACGAAGGUAGCAUUCAAGGAUUAGUUUGUUUGGUGAAAAGAUAUGCUUUCAAGUAAUUACAAAUAAAAUUCAUAAACAAGAUUCUAAUGAGAAACCCAAAACCGCAGGCGGUGUGUAUUACAACAAAAAGGUUUUCAUUUUCAAUGAUAACAGGAAGCUUUCAAAUCCUGUUUGACUGUUCAAGAAGAUGAUCAACGUAUCAGCACUUCCCUCUAUGAAAAAUAUAUUUCUGAACGAAGUUGAUUAAAAUUCUUCGAUGAAAGACAUGUCAAAUCUUGAUGAAACUUGACUAUUAAAAUUGUUAAGGCACUGAAAUGGAAGAUAAGUCAGCUUAAACGAUAUAGACCACAGCUAAUUCAUUUUAAUUUCUUUUUUCUUUUUUUUUUUUUUUGUCAUUUGACCUGGGUCUAAACAUUAAAAUUAAAUGGCAUUUCAUCUCCCUUAUGCUGAGAAGCGACCAUUAACUCUGAAUUCACCGCCAAGUAAAAGAUCGCGAUUCGCAAUUAUCAUUUAAGCGUCGGGAUUCAGAAUGUUAAAGGACUGAAAGCAUCUCCAAUUCUGCGCUCGUUUCUCCGAGUAUAACUAUCAGAUGAAACACACCUUGAGUUGAACGUCAUCUUUUUUUUAACUGAACGUGUUAUACUAAGGCGCUCGAUAAUAUCUUCAAAGUUAAUAUUAAAACAAAACUUAUUGUUAAAUAGCGAAUUUGCUUUUAUCACCCUUAUUCCUGACCAAAAUUAGUUUCCGCGUUUAUUUUUUACAGAUAUUUUCAAUAAUCUCUGUGACGCUGAUCAUGCUAUCCGUGUCUAUUUUUACAGAUAUUUUCCACAAUCUCUGUGGCGCUGAUCAUGUUAUCCGUGUCUAUUUUUACAGAUAUUUUCCAUCAUCUCUGUGGCGCUGAUCAUGUUAUCUGUGGGCACAUCGUGCGCGUUGACUCUUCCCCAGUUCUCCAAGAAUUCCAGAGUUAACAUAGGGUCGGCGGCGCCGGAAAAAAACCCGACGAUUGACACUAUCUUCAUGGUCAUCGAUUACGUCUGCGGUAUUUGGUUCACAUUUGAAUUGCUCAUGCGCAUUACCUUUUGUCCCAGAAGACGUAUCUUUAUCCGACAAGUAACAAACUGGAUCGAUAUCCUGUCGGUAAUUCCGUUCUAUCUUCGGCUCAUUGAUCCCGAUGGUGGUCCUCUGGCGGACGCACUUCUUAUGAUUCGCCUUUUUCGGCUCUUCCGCUUCUUUCGCUUGCUGUAUGGUCUUCAAAUUAUAUUACACACACUAAAAGCGAGCUCGUACGAGUUAGGACUACUGCUGUUGAUUCUCUUGAUCCCUGUUGUUUUGUUCUCGUCAAUUAUUUACUACAUCGAGCGAACUUUUGAUGCCAAUGACACGGAAUUUCGUUCAAUCCCAGAAUCCUUUUGGUGGUCGCUUAUUACCAUGACUACUGUUGGUUACGGUGACAUAGUUCCCAAAACGUGGAUAGGAAAGAUCAUUGGAGGUGCAUGCGCGAUAUGCGGUCUUCUUGUCGUAGCUCUCCCGAUUUCCAUAAUUGGAAGUAACUUCAAUCUCUAUUACGCACAUGCGCAAGCAAGACUUAAACUUCCAAAGAAGAGAAACAGGGUGUUGCUAAGUUCAAUUACUUCCGAUUUUUCCAGUGGCAGAGCGUCCUCCGGUCCAAGGCGCCGAGGAUUACGAAUGCGUAGUCACGUGGCGCUUGAGACAGGAGACGACGAAAACAUUAUGCCUGGAAUGUCUAACGGUCGUUCAUAUCGGCUGAACAGUUUUCCAAGGCAGAAUUCGUACGAGGUGAAAUCGAGAACAGGGAGUCUUCCUACAAGCAACGGACAAACGAGUGAUCCAAAAACCUCGCCCACGAGUUCCUGGUCCAACAGGGAGCGUAAAUAUAGCCGUAACGAAAGGAUUCUCCCUAAGCUUGGAGAUCUUCCAGAAAAGGACGAAUCGGAAGAAAACGAAAAAGUGGAGGAAAAUCAGGGAUCAGAUUUUAAACCGGACUUAGGACUUAAAAAGAACUCACGAAACAGUUUGAACGUGCCUGGGGUAACGCAUGGAACCCAGGCAGACAGACUGCCGCUAUGGAUAGCGGAAAGCAGCAAAACUCCCCGCGUACGUUCAUUUAGUGUACCUUCUAAUACGCACAGGACGAUCUCCGGGCCGCCGCCCAGAAAAACGCAAUCACAGGGCUCGGAUAUUUGUAAGCGAUGCUCUUUGCCAAAAGAUGAGAGCUCGAAUAGUUCUUCUGGAGAAGUGUGUUGUUGCUCAGAGAAACGAGGUAUUUCACUGCAUGGAAGUAAUACUUCAACCUAUACUAUAUUCAUUCCUGGUACUGACGAAGGAGUACAAGUUAGUAUGGAAAGCAUACCUUCCUGGAGUCGACAAUUUUCCUGCAAUGGAACUUCCCAAUCGCCAGUUCAACUCGAUGUUGUGCCUUGCUUUGACAGGCCGUUACCUGACGAGGACAGUGAGACAGAAAAUCAGGAAGAACAAGAUGAACAAGAAACACUUGUCAGUGAAUUAGCGAGUGAGGAUAAUAACAGCAGACGUGAAAUUAACGAAAAAACAAAAGGCUCUACAAAAGGAAUACCCUUAUUAUACAUGCCUAAGGGGAAAGCUCAAGAUAAUAUUUCGGACAAAGAAACGCCAAUAUAACGUCAAGUGUUCCAAACGAAAAAAACAGUGUUGCGUAGACUCGAUUUGUUGUCUGGGUGUAUUAUUUCAUGAUAUAAUUUUUUUUCUAGUCAACACCAAACCAGGACUAAUGCGUAGACUUGAUCAUUAAAGAAACAGUAUCGCAGAAAUUCUCCCAGGUUUAAGUUUGGCCCUUUCACUUCAAAUAGUAUCCUGAGAAAACAGCCGAUAUUUGGCGACGCUGCCGCUAGUUUCCCUGCCAAAUGAUGUCUGAGAAACGAGCGCAGAAAUCCAUACUGAUGACGCGUCACUACCCAGAUCUGGGUAGUACUUCUGAUUGGUUGAAUCAAAUUUUUCACGCGGCACGGCCGCAGUUUUAAGUAAUACAAGCUUCUUGAAGGGACUCUCCACAAACAUAACU